CGCUUUCCAACGCUGAUUCUUUUUGUCCCUGAACGCACGCCGUCCUACAACUUAGACAGACAGUAUGGCGUCCUCAAUGUCACCGGCGCUGAGACAACUCAUGUGGGCGAGGAGAGUAGCUGUGUCCGUACUGAGCCCGUCCAGGUCACUGAACACUUCCACAUGGCAGCUGGCGCAGAACCAAGCUCAAGACACGCAACUCAUCACGGUGGAUGAAAAAUUGGAUAUUACUUCCAUAAGUGGUGUUCCAGAAGAGCACAUAAAAACUAGGAAGGUUCACAUUUUUGUCCCUGCACGGAAUGCGAUGCAGUCUGGCGUGCAAAACACAAAGAAAUGGAAGAUGGAGUUUGACACUCGUGAGCGUUGGGAAAAUCCCUUGAUGGGAUGGGCGUCCACCGCCGAUCCUUUGUCAAACAUGUUCCUGUCGUUUUCUUCUAAGGAAGACGCCAUUGCCUUUGCAGAAAAGAAUGGAUGGAGUUAUGAAGUUGAAGAGAAGAGGAUUCCAAAACCAAAAUCCAAGUCUUAUGGGGCAAACUUUUCUUGGAACAAACGUACAAGGGUAUCUACAAAGUGAAUUGUUAUUGGCCAUACAUAAGUCUGACUGUGAACAAAGUCAGCUGUGCUGUAUUUAUAGAACAAGUAUAAUACAACUCUUAAUCUCCUAAUAAAUAUGACCUUUAAACUACAAA